AUGUUGCCGGCAUGCUCCAAUAAUUCCUUCCCUUUUUACGGCCCUGGAGGCUCCAAGCCUCGCGUGGCCACCCCGGAUGUGGAAAAUAGGAUCGAGCAGUACAAGCGGGAAAACCCCUCGAUUUUCAGCUGGGAAAUCAGGGACCGGUUGGUCAAGGAGGGAAUUUGCGACAGGAGCACUGCCCCUAGCGUGUCCGCCAUUUCCAGGCUGCUACGAGGGAAAGGAGGCGAAUUGGACACAGACGGGGACAAAUCGAGUGAAAAUGAAGGUGGCUCCGACUGUGAAAGUGAACCGGGGAUUCCCCUGAAGAGAAAACAAAGACGGUCCAGAACGACAUUCACAGCUCACCAAUUAGAUGAAUUGGAGAAGGCCUUCGAACGCACCCAGUAUCCUGAUAUCUAUACUAGGGAGGAACUAGCCCAAAGGACCAAGCUAACUGAAGCUAGAAUCCAAGUAUGGUUCAGCAAUAGAAGAGCAAGACUGAGAAAGCAAAUGGCAUCGUCGUCGUCAUCGUACAACCAUCUAGGGGUCGUGGGGGGGCCUUAUAGUGCACCCAGCACCCCUUAUGCUACGUCACUGGGACAAGGCAUCGGCGAGAGUAAUUUCUCUGGUGCUGCUGCUACAGCAACCAGUUCUGCCAACCACAUAACCGACCUCUACGCCUCCCACAUCACCCACUCCACCUCCCCCAACCUCCCCCUGCCCGAGGUCAAAUGGGAGCACCCCCUCGCUCAAAACCCCUACCCCUCACACCCGCUCUACUCCACGGCCAACCUGAUGUCCAACACGCAUCCCACCGCGCACGCGCAUCCCAGCGCGCAUGCGCAUCCUGGCACGCCUCCGCACCUGGUCGCCGACGGACUCCAGGCCGUCCAGACUUUGCCCCAACAGACCGAGAUGCAGGAGUACGAAGAUAGCAAGGAGAGGAGCGAUGAGAGUAACGUGCAUCAUUCUGGCAGCCCUUUGGGACAGCAGGAGUACGAGGAUUUGACGCCUGCCAACACCAUGGCUAACUUGAUGGCCAACGGCAACAGCAACGAGCCGCCAUCUUGCACCGAUCCCACCCCUCUGCAGCAUCUGCCACCCCACCAAUGGCACCCCAUGUCGCCCUCUCACCAGCUCAGGACCCUGAGCCCCACCGCCCUGGGCCAGCCUAUGGCUCAGGGCCUGGGCGGGUUCGCUCAGAAUGGAAUGCAGCACGGCAUGCACGGGUACCACCAUCAGGCGCCGAAAGGCUUCGGGCACCAACCGUUCUAUGGGUGGUACUGAGGUACCGAGAUAAUUCAAAACGAUCCAAAGUACUGAAGAACUCUUCCUGAAUUGUUCAUCUUAACAUCAAGCCUUCAAUGGCAGAUACUAUUUCUGUGUAGUUGGAAUGAUUUUAUGAGUGGUACCUUUCAAUGGUUCACACU